AUGGCCGCCGCAGCCGGGGGCAGCUGCCCCGCCGAGUCGCUGGGCUAUUGCCUGGCCCAGCUGCGGGGCGGGGCCGAGCCCGGGCUGGGCCGGGCCCUGCUGGCCCUGCGGACCUGGCACAUCAAGCAGCCCGGCGGGAUCGAGCGGUUCCGGGCCCGCGGGGGGCUGGGGCCCCUGCUGGGGCUCCUGGCUGGGGCCCUCCGGCCCCGCCGCACCCUCGACCUGGCCCUCAGCAUCCUGGGCAACUGCUGCACCGAGGGGGGGAGCCGGGCCCAGGUGCGGGAGCUGGGGGGGAUCCCCUCGCUGGUUAUGAUCCUGAAAUCGCUUGGAGUCGAAAGUAUCCACAACCGAACAGCACGGGCCCUGGGCAACCUGGCCAUUGAUGUAGAGAACCUGCAGGCUAUCCAUGAUGCCGGCACGGUGGCACCCCUGGUACAAGUCCUUGCCAGCUCCCAGGACAGCGAGUGCCUACAGAGCAUCAUUCGGGCCCUGCGCAACCUGGGUGCCACCCCAGCGCACCGUCUGGCGCUGGCCCAGCAGGGCGCAGUGCGGGUCAUCUCCGAGCGCCUGGCUGCCAGCCCCGACGACCCCGCCCUGGCUGCUGCGGCUGCCCGGGCCCUGCUAGAGCUCACCAAGGGCUGCAGCCGGGACUGCGCCGAGCAGCUAAGCCUGGGGGGCGGGGUGGCGCCCCUGGUGGCGUUAGCUGGGCACAGCAAGCGGGCGGUGCGGGAGGCGGCCGUCUCGGCGCUGUCCAAUCUCUGCCUGCAGGGGAUGCUGCGGCCGGCGGUGGGCAAUGCCGGGGGCGUGGCGGUGCUGGUUGGGGAGAUCCAGCGCCGGCGCGGGGCGGGAGCCGCCGGUGCCAUCCUGCAGCCCCUGGUCAGGGCGCUGUGCCUGCUGUGCCGGGAGGCAAUGAACCGCAGCCGGGUGCGGGAGGCCGGCGGGCUAGAGCUGCUGCUGGCGCUGCUGCAGGAUGGGCGCCAGCGAGGCUGCCACGCCCGCGUGGUCGUGGCCUUUGUGGCCUUCUUCUACGACCAGGAGGCGCUGGAGGUUCUGCAGGCCGGCGGGCUGGUGGCCCUGCUUGUGGAGCGGCUGGUGGCCCAGGGCCAGUGGGCUGCGCGCUGCGAGGAGGAGGACAAGGAAGAGGAGGGAGACAGCGAGGACGAGCGGGACGCUGCCUCCUUUGACUUCCCCCCCGAGGGGCGACGGGAGAGCGGGGCACCAGAAGGGGAGUCAUCCAGCUUCCAGAGACUCAGGUCCUGGCUGCUCUCCGAGGGUUACAUUGCCAGUCCCGGCGACCUGUCCCCGCAGUGGUCCCCCGACGGCUCCCUCAGCCCCACCCUCGAGCUGCAGGACGACACGCCGGGGCCUGGCCGGCUGCCUGCGGGGCUGGGCUCGCCCACCUGCUUAGCUCCUCCGUCGCUGGAUCCGGCUGCCAGGGUGCAGUGCUUGGCACCCGUGGCAGAGCCGGACUCAACCGUGGCUGAUGGGAGCCAUGUGGCAGAGACGCCAGAUGCCGAGGCACCAGUCGUGGCACGUUUGGCUACAGCCAGAGCUGACAGGCACCAUCCAGCAGAGUUACUGCCAGGCACGGCACCAGAUUUGGCUGCCAGGCACCAUACGGCAUUGCCAAAUCCUGCCAGAACGGGUGACCACAGCGCAGCUCCCGUGGUGCUGCUGGCUACACCAAAGUCCACUGGGACCAGGAAAGAUCAUCCGGCACAGAUUGCACUGGAUGCUGCCGGCAGCGCCCGGAACCUGCAGGCUCCGUUGCUGCUGUCGGCGACCCCGAAUGAGGAGCUCCCGCCAAACUUCGCUCUGACUGACCUGCAAAAUCCAGCACGGUUCCCGGCUGCGGCAGCCACCGAAGAGUUGUGUCCAGGCAUGCUGGUUCCAGCCGGGCCUGGCUGGCACGUCAUGGAACCAUCAGACGAGCCAGGCCCAGCGCUGGCACCGCCAAUUCCCGCCGGGACAAGCCAGUCUGAUGGGGCACCAAGCCCCGUUCCCGAGCAUCUGAAUCCGGUGUCACCAAUUCCCGCUGGGGCCAGCCGGUCUGAUCGGGCACCAAGCCCCGUUCCCGAGCAUCUGAAUCCGGUGUCACCAAUUCCCACCGAUGCCAGCCAGUCCGAUCUGGCACCGAGCCCCAUUCCUGAGCAUCUGCAUCCAAUGUCACCAAUUCCCACUGGGACCAGCCGGUCCGAUCCGGCACCGAGCCCAAUUUCCAAGGAUCUACGUCUGGUUUCUCCGAUUCCUACUGGGACUGCCAAUGACUUCCUGGAGCCCCAGCCCACUGCUUUCUCCUCGCGGCGCCGCGGCAAAUCACGUCCCCAUCCGGACGCGGCCCCCUGCACUCCGGCUCCGUUCCGCCCCCCGGGCGAGGUCCUGGCCCCGCAGUUCUUGCUGUGGGGUGGGGAGGAGGAGCUAUCGGCCCCCGAGGCGCCCGCCCUGCUGCUGCUCUCCCGCUUCUCCCAAGCCGAGGAUCCCAGCCGCAGCCUGGUGACGGGCCCGGUGCUGCGGGGGCUGCUGGCCUAUGUCACCGGAGCCCCCGCCCCGCUACCCCGCUGCCUGCGGCUGCUGCACCGGCUCACGUGCAACCCCGUCUGCCUGGAGGCCUUCGUGCGCUGCCACGCCCCCUCCCUGCUGCGGGCCUGGCUGGUGCUGGGCGUGCCCCCAGAGGAGGCUGCCGCUGUGGGACAAGAGACCCCCAGAACUCCGGGCAGCGGGCACCGGCAUGGCAGGAGGUUCAAGGAGUUGGGCGAGACCCUGCUGUGCAAUCUCUGCGUCCAGGCUGAGUCGGCCUUCGGGGCGGGCGUCCUCACUCACAUGCUGCUCUCGGGCGCCGAGGCCGACCAAGUGGCUUGUGCCAUGGCCCUGCCCCUCAUCUGCAGGAAGAAGUCCCUCUGCCGGAGGCUGCUCCUGGAGCACUCUGGCCUGCGCCUCCUGCUGGCUGCCUUGACACGUGGUGCCGACCCGCCCUUCAUCUUCUACGCUGUGGACUCGCUCUCCCUGCUGCUGGGUGCUGCCGCCCCCCUCCCUGCCCCGCCCGCCCCCAAGCGCUCCCGGCUGGCAGCCUCCCCGCCGUGCCCCUACGAGCGGCUGGUGAAGGCAGGCGGGGCGGACCUGCAGUUCCGGUUGGACUCGGGCGCCCUGGUGCUGGCCUCGCGCCAGGCCGCGUGCGCCGGCUCCGACGUCCUGCGGGCCAUGCUGGCGGGCGGGUUUGCUGAGGCGCGCCAGGCCCUGGUGCCCAUCCACGGGGUGGCGCCUGCCCCCUUUCUGGUGCUGACCCACUUCCUGCAUGGCUGCCGGGGCGAGCUGUGCCCGGCCCUGGGGGGCCCGUUCCCACCCAGCGAGGGGGAGCUGGCGGAGCAGACGCUGGCGGUGGCCGAGCAGUUCCUGCUGCCCGAGCUGCAGGAGCUGGUAGAGGAGGCAUUGUGCCGGCAGUACCUGCGCCCUGGCGGUAGCCUGGACCAGCUGUACCGGCUCGGGGAGCGGCUGGGCCGGGGGCAGCUGCUGCGGCGCUGUGCCCGCUACGUCCUGCUGGGGGCGUCAGAGGAGCCCACCAGCCGAGCGGCCGCGCUGGCGCGGAUCCUCCGAGUCACCAGUGACCCCAAGGAACUGGCCCAGGAGCUGCUGGCGGUUGCCAUGGAGACGCCAUGGGGAGUGGGCACUGAUGGGACCUAG